UUGUGGGAGCAACUACUCUGGUGGAUCCAGCGAUCAUAUGUAGUAUCUUUUGUUCGUUUCAAAAUUGAAACCGCUCUUCAUGGUUUCGCCAUCUUUGCAACCGUCUUUUCCUUCUCCUCUGCCCCUUAAGCCCGGCCGUCGCCAUGUCCAAAGACGCCAAGGACCCGAAGCAUAGGCCGGACGGCGUCCGCCAGCCACAGAGAAAAGACUCGUUGUCCUCUAUUCUUUCGUGGGCCGCAUUACAGGGCAGGCUCAUGGCACCCAAAGCGCCAGCGCCAUCUUCGCCCACCUCACAAUCGCCCCAAACCAGUCCCGGCACCAGCACUUCCAGACCACGGAGACACAGCCAUGGAUCCACCAACGAAGCAAAAAUCAAGGCACGUGGAGGUUCUGCGGCAGUUCGGAGGUCCUCAUUUUCGAAUCGGGCGACGAUCCAGCUUGGGACUAAUACUAAGACGAGACAUUCAAAGACAUCCACUGCGCCAGAUCCGAGGGACUCGCCCGGAACGUCCAAGACGGGCAAGGAUAGCUCUUCAGAGAGUGUCAACAAAACGGCGUCCGACACCCAAGAUGGCAAGAGCACAACUCUAUCCAGGCCUGGCCAUGGCACCCAAGGCAACUCGAAGCCAAGGUCGCCUGCAUCGCCUGCACCGAUGCCCAAAUCGAUUCUCCGUGUCUCAAGUCCAGACGGGUCCAGACCGCCUCGGCGCUUUUCAAGUCCCGAGACCGCGGGGCAGACCGCGCUCGGCGGCCUGUCACCAGACUCGCCGCCAGGAUCGCCUCCCACAUCCCCUCUCGAGAGGCCCAUGUCUCCCGGCGCGACCGUCCGGUUCGCCAAGGCAACCAUCCACAGAGUCGAAGUCGGCCCCGGCCGCCGCUUUCUCCCGGUCAAGCGCAAGAGCAAGAGCACGCUAACGUACAUCUCGCCGCUCGAUCCCGGCAGCCAGAAGAGCGCGCCCAAGACGAUGCUGCAGAACCCUACCAAGCUGCGGCGCCACCAGGAGAACCAAGCGGCCAUGGGCCGCUACUGGCUUCGGACCGAGGAGGAAGAGGCUCAGUGGCGGGCAGAGGCGGAGCGCAGAGCCGCCGAGGAGGCGGAGAGGUACCGGAACGAGCCUGCCAGCCCGCCCGCCGCGCCUUCAGCUCCUAAGGCGGAUCUUGAGGACGCAGACGACGGUGGGGUUAGUCUGGUGGACAAGACCUCGCUUGUCGAUCAACGGUCGGCUCCCAACAGUGAUGCGGCUUUGGACAAGGUGGAAGAGGAGGAGGCGGAGUUCGAAAAUUGCGAGACAGACAAGGAGGCGGGGGCCAAGUUUGAUCAGGAGGCGGACGAAACAGAACGCCUUGCGUUAAAGGAGCCAGCAGAGGCGCGCCACGGUAUCGAUGGCUCCGGGGAAGACGGGAAAGACGCUAGGGUGCCAGAAGAACCCAGGGCAACCGUGCAGGUCCAGACGCCGCUGAAGAGCCCGGAGGAAGGUGGGGAUGACUCUCCCGGCUCCGCGCGGACCGGGGGGGAAUCGCCAAAGCCGACCACGAAAAGCACAAUGGCGUCAGAGACAACACAUAACCCAGAAGCCAAAGCAGCAGCCACGACGCCUGCCCCGGCGCCAGCCCCGGCAGAAGCUCAGCCGCCGACAGAAAACCAUGCUACGCUCCCAGAAUCCAGCUCCCUUUCGGAGACAUCGACAGGAGAGCCAGCAGCGAAGGCGACGUCGAACGGCGUGGCGAGUCCCAGCCAAUCUCCCGGCUCAGGCGCCUCCACCACCGAGUCCGGCAAGGACCAAACUCCCAGGAUCGCUUUAGGCUCUCCACCGAACGACGACAAGAUCGAACCAGGGAUAGCGACGGGCCGGCCGAACAGCGCUCACGCGAGCGGGGCGAGCAACUCGGGCAACGGCUCAACCUCAAGCUCGAGCUCGAGUUCGUCGGCGGAAAGUCUGAGAAGGGAGCCGUCGCGGGAGAGAGGCAAAGCCGAUGACGUUAAAAGUCAAGCGAAGGAAAGAGAGAAGCAGGAGAAAACAGCAGAACGACCGGCAGAACUCCUCUCGACGCCCAAGGCAGCGGCGAUUCACCUCCGAACCGGAGGAGGGAGCGUUGCUGCUGUUGGAGGAGGAGGAGGAGGAGGAGGAGGAGGAGGAGGAGGAGGAGGAGGAGGAGGAGGGGCUGGCAGGGCUGACGGAACCAACACCAGCAGUGCAAACAACAGCAGUCACGGCGCGCACAGCCAUGGCCACAACCGCAGCAGCAGCAGUAGCAACCACCUGCAUUUGUCGGGGCGCAGAGGCAGGCGCUAUCUCCACCAGAAGGAGGGGAUUACGGCUUGAUGGCUUUGCUUCACUUCGCGUUCUGAUGAUGAUGAUGAUGAUGAUCCGAUCCAAGCAAGCGAUUUACGAUUCUUCGAACUUCUAUGUUUUACUCUGAGACGACACAUUGUUCUCUACGGCGGCACUCUCUUGACUCUUUCCUUCGUCGUCUUUUCCCUGUGCCUCUCCUGUCAGACAGGUCGGGUAUCAAAGUUUGUCUCAUGACCCGUCAUGAUUACGACUCUCCGUUCCUUUUUGGACUUCCUAAUCAUUCUUGUUUAUCUCACCGGGAUCAGCAGGUAGCUAAAUGAAAGGUUAAUCGUUCAGUCAGCGAGUGGGCAGCGACUGGCA